AGAGCUUGAAGGACCCCCCCCUCCCCCCAAUCUCUCUUUCUCUUUUAUGACCAACCCUCUUUCAUCCAGGCAGGCGUUUGUUCGCUGGAUUUUAUAAGAGCCUGUUUAAUUACAUAUAUAUAUUUUGAACACAGUCUAUGAGCUACAGUGUCGGGGCUGCUGAGACUGAAGAGAAUCGAGGAAACCUACCACAGGUGAAAGGAGCUUUUACGACGCUGCGGUACAGAUGAUUGAACACUUUAGCAGUAACUCAGCGCAAUCUCCCCGCUUACCCUGACUGAAACGGGGCGGAAAUUGAGGCUAAAACACUUUGGAACAACUAAAAAGGGACCAAGUUCUGUUUCCGAGCGAAUCUAAAACCCGCUGCGUUGUUUCCCCAACUGGGCUUUCUGUGGAAGAUGUGACCUUUUCUGUUGCGCCCCGUGGAGAAAAUCACUGCUUUUUUUUCUUUUGUUAUUAGUUCUUUUUUUUCUUUUUUUUUCUUUUGUUUUUUCCACCCCCUAAUCAGUUACUCGAGCUUGACAUGUCUUUUUGUGGGAUUACACGCGGAGAUAUGAUCACUGUGAGAGACCGAGCUGGAUUGUGAAUUUACUGUCAGCGCUUUUUUUUCUUCUUUAUUUUUUCUUUAUUUCUUCUUCCUUUUUUAAAACUUGUCUCCAUAACGAAGGAAGUGCUCUAGCUGUUUUCUUCAAUGGCUUCAGUGUCAAGGUUGGGAAGACGCAAAGAUGCCAGUCGCUGGCCGAGAAUGUCGUCAAGUUUCUGGGCUGUGCUGCUCCUGACAGCGCUGCUGCUUCUCUAUUGCGGCCAGCUGGCAGCGGGGACAUGUGAGAUUGUGACGCUGGACAGGGACAGCAGCCAACCACGGCGGACCAUCGCCAGGCAGACGGCCCGCUGUGCCUGUAAGAAGGGCCAGAUCGCUGGAACUACAAGAGCUAGACCCGCCUGUGUGGACGCUGGUAUUGUUCGGAAAAAGCAAUGGUGUGAGAUGGUGCCAUGUUUGGAGGACGAGGGUUGCGACCUGUUAGUCAAUAGAUCUGGCUGGACUUGUACGCAGCCCGGAGGCCGAGUUAAAACCACUACGGCUCUAUGACGUGACAAGAGUCCCCCUCGACACUCUUGCACUAUGGAAAGCAUUGAUGACCCCUUGACAGACAGCCAAUUUCCAGCUACCACCACCACCACCAUUACAACAGCUCCGCCCUUACCUUGGCCUCAAAGGCAGGAAGCAACACAAGCAGCUACAGAGCACCAAGAGCCUUGUGAAGGCAGUAAGGUCUCGUAACACAGCCAGAGACGGGAAAACCAGGGAGUGAUUGUUUGAGGGAGUCAUCUCUCCCUAUGACACUGGGCAAACUUACUAUAAAACACUUCCUGUUUCCUGUGACUGGCCACCGCGGGUUUCUGACUGCUCCCUCCUGCUAUCUGUCGUUGGGUCAACACGUUGUAUCCACCUCCUCUCCACUGUUAUCUGCCUGCUCUGUGAAUUUAGCAGCACAUACUCAUGCCACGGAGGUUCGGACACCUUAAAAUCCCAUGAAUGUUUUUUUUUUUUUGCCUCACUGGAAGUCCACUGUUUGGAGCUGCUAACUGCUUUUAAUACGGGAUUUCCCACAUCUCUCUCCUAGACUCUAGUGCAGGAGUUCCAGGGCGAAGACGGGGUCAUUACAGAACACAAUGUGACGCUUCUCAGACCAGCUCGCGAGGCCGUAAAAACCGAACCGAGCGCACUCUGCUGUGAAUAGGCCUUCUGCUGGAGUAAACCUCCCAUAUUUUUAUAGACCAAAGAGCAAAACAACAAAUAUGAUCAUUAUGACAGAGAGGACCAUCUGGCAAAGACACACGGAAACGUUGUUAACAUGCUUCGAGUGUCGCCACCGACCAACGACUGCCCCCACAGAGACUCGGUGCACAAACGAACCUUUGCAGCCGGCGGCGUAUGUGCCGAACACAAUCAAAGGAGUACUUUUCAAACUUUACGGACAUUUUUUCGCAGACUAAGCUCACCACUGUAUUUUGGAACUGGAGAUAUAGGUACUACAUACGUAUAACUGUGUAUCAAAAAAAAAAAAAAAAAA